GGGUUAAGUUAACGGAUAUUUUGGAUUGUGAAAAGUUGCAUAUUGCAGGCAUAGCAUUUGUACUCAAGUUACACGUGUUUGAAUAUUUUUUUUAAUAAUGGAAAUGAAAAAAUCGCGGAAACGAAAACGUGAAACUGUUGUCAUCGAACCUGAACGACCCCCUUCAGUGAGACAGUCGGAAGAACCAAUAGAGAAAAAGAAAAAAUGGAUAAACAAACAGAGAGUGUUAAUAUUUGCAUCUAGAGGAAUAAACCACAGAGAUAGACAUCUCAUGGAAGAUUUGAAGAAACUGAUGCCACAUCAUAAACCAGAAUCAAAAAUGGAGCGAUCCAAAACUUUAUCUGUUAUAAAUGAAAUGUGUGAAAUGAAAAACUGUAACAAAGCCAUUUUGUUUGAAGGUCGAAAGAAAAAAGAUUUAUACAUGUGGAUGUCGAACGUACCAAAUGGUCCCAGCGUUAAAUUCUUAGUUGAAAAUAUUUAUACAAUGGAAGAACUAAAAUUAACUGGAAAUUGUCUAAGGGGGUCUAGACCUAUACUCAGUUUUGAUCCAGUUUUUAAUGAAAAACCUCAUUAUUCUCUGCUAAAGGAAUUGUUCACCCAAAUAUUUGGAGUACCAAAUCACCACCCAAAGAGUCAACCGUUUUUUGACCACGUUUAUACUUUUUCUGUAUUGGACAACAGAAUUUGGUUCAGAAAUUAUCAAAUACUUUCUGAAGAUGGUGCUCUUUCAGAAGUUGGCCCAAGAUUUGUGCUCAACCCAGUAAAAAUUUUUUCUGGUAGUUUUGGUGGUGUAGCCUUAUGGGAAAAUCCUAAUUAUGUAAGCCCAUCUAAGUAUCAACUACAACUUCGAUUAGCAGCCAAAAACAAGUAUGUUAAUCGAGUAGAACAGAAACUUCAUGCAGAAGCCACAAGACCUAAAGACAGCUAUAAGCUUACUCCAUUAGAUGAUAUUUUCAAAUGAAAUAAUUUAUUUCAAUUCACAAAUCAAAACUAUAAAUUUGAGUUAUGGAGAAACUAUCCAUAAAAUAAUGUUUCUGUUAAUGCAAAGUCAAACAGAAUAUUUUCCUUCAUUACAGACUUUGUCAAUUCUAUUACUGUAAGUUCAAAAUUAUUACAUUGAAUGCAGGUUUGUUAAUUCUUAGGUGUAUAUAAUUUUAUAGAAAUGAGUGGUCGGUUGUGAAAUAAAAACUAUAACUUGAGAA